UGAUUGGUCAGGAAGCUGCGGGACAGGGGAAGUUAAGUUCGAUAUAUUUGCCUAAACUUUGAAAACAGAGCAGGAUUUUGGACGGCAGUGCUUUUAUGUCAGUGAGGAAACGUCUGUCGCGGUACAGUUGUGAGGACAGGCAGCAGAUGGACUUCCUGAACCAUAGUUAGGCUGUGCUCGACUUUAAUGAUUAACCGAGUUUGACUGGGCCAGCGCGCUUCUUCCUGCACUGGGACGGUGACAGCGCACUGACGCACGGGGGAAAAGAAAACUAACAUCGUAGAAGGCUGAGAUGGACCACUGCUCCUCACUGCACAUACCACAGAGCAAGAUUGACAAAAGGCUAUCUGACAUUUCAGGAGCUUCAGAGCUGGCAGUAGAGAGGCCUAUCAGAAGAGUCCGAAGUCCAUCUAGACCAGGGGUGUGGCUUUCCCAUUCCUACAAACCAAAACCAAAAUUCAAUAAGUUUGGCAGAGAAGAUCAUGCUGGCCAUAAAUCUGGUUUUAUGAAUAACCAGAGACGGACCAAGUUCAAGUCCAAAUUUCAGUUCAAUCGCAGGCAGAAUUACAAACCACAUGCUUUUGCAGACAGAAAGCGAGAGGAGAGAUACGGAGAGGAGAGGAAGAACAGGGAAGACACCUCACCAUCCAAACAAAACAGUAUUCGAGCUUUCCAGCCAAGAUCUACUUCGAGCAGAGACAAAGACCAGCGCUCUAGCUCAAAAAGUGACAAGAGUCAGAGUCAAGAGAGGGACCACAGAGGCAACAGAAGCAGAGAUCCAGAGACAGACCUGUCCACUGUGAAACAGGCUGCAGCACGGGAUAGAGCCAUUCAGAAGAAGAGGAAACAGAUAGAUGAGGUGUACUACCAGGAGUGUGAGAUGUUUGGUUCGGUGGUGAAGAUGUUGAUUGCAAAGGACCCAUCUCUAGAGAUCCCAAUCCAGACCUCGCUGCAGAUGAACCUGCGGGACAUUGGCACUCGCUGUGUGCAGGCCAUGGAGAAGUUUAUAGAAGACUACGACUCCAGGGAGCUGUCACUGUAAAUGCACAUACUAGCAGUCAGCACCAGUUAAAUGGCUCAAGUCUAUUGUUUCCACUAGACGGAUUAUGAAGACUUGCUCUCUAUGCUCCCUUAUUUCUUGCUUUUGAAAACGUUGCUUUAAUUUUGAAUGUAAGUCAAAAUGCACUGGCUGUAUUCCUGUUGAUAGUUUUAAGUGCUUAUAUGUUUUGUUUAUUGUAAUUGAAAUUAUUGUUGAUUCUUGUAAAAUAAAUAAAGCUACACUUUUUCUACUUCUUC